AUGGCUGCUGUGAAUUAUCCCGACUCCUCAUCUUCACGCUUUUCUCGUUGUAAAUAUCAAGUGUUCUUGAGUUUUAGAGGUGAUGACAUUCGCAAGAAUUUUAUCGAUCACCUCUACGCAGCCCUGGUUCGGUCAGGGAUUCACACGUUUAGAGAUGAUGAUGAAAUAAGGAGAGGAGAAAAUAUCGAGUUCGAGAUCCAAAGAGCAAUACAACAAUCGAAAAUAUCAAUAAUCGUGUUCUCCAAAGACUAUGCGUCUUCAAGAUGGUGUCUGGAUGAACUAGUAAUGAUCAUGGAACGUAGGAGGACUGCUGGCUGUUAUAGAUUAUUUUUUGAUGGAACAGACUUAAGAAACACGCGUACUGUUGACGUUGAAAUAAAAAACAAUACCAAGGGUAAAAGCGUGGUCUUCAGCCCUGACUUUGUUCCAAGGUCCUUUCACAGAACUGGUGAAUUCUUACUGUUAAACCAUUGGAAAAUUGGAGUUAUUACGGAUGUUAAGUUUGAUAAUGGCGAUGAACUGAGUGUUUCAGUGCGUGCAAAUGAGCCAGGCAUUCAAAUAAAAACAAUUGGAGUACGGAUUAUGUAUGAAGAGGAAGGAAAUGAUCACAAUAUCAAAUCAAACAAUGAAGUGGUCACAGCCUACAGCAGCUCAGCAAACAAUGAAGUCGUCAUAGCGCACAACUGCAGCUCCUCUUGGGACAACCAAGCUCUCGGUGAUGGACAUGUGAAAAAGCACAUAUAG